UACCCAAUAUACUCAUUACUUUUACAACACAAUUUAUCAGCUUCGCUUCCACGAUAAUUUUCCAUCGACCGAAAAAGUUUUGCAAAUUGUAAGAAAGUGAAAAAUUAAGCCAUUAAUGUGUUGAAAAAGUCGCCCAGGUGCAUUAAAAAGAGUGUUAAUAUUACAAAACACAAGGAAAAAAGUUGUGAGGAAGUCACAGUAAAUUAUUACAUACUCGUGUGUGCUCAACGUACAUAAGUACACAUACUACAUACAUAAAUUAGCGGAGAGCAUGGCGACACAGGUAUCAAACAAAUCUGGAACAGGAUGGCCAAGACGUGGAAGCCAAGGACAAGUUGAUAGCGCCAACAAUGGAACACAAAAAUUCUCCACCAAUCAAUCCCUAACCAUCAAUCGUACAAUAAAUUUAUACCCCUUAACAAACUACACAUUUGGCACCAAAGAACCAUUGUUCGAAAAAGAUCCCUCGGUACCGUCACGCUUCCAGCGCAUGCGAGAGGAAUUCGAUCGUAUUGGUAUGCGGCGUUCUGUCGAGGGAGUUCUUUUGGUGCAUGAGCACGGCCUACCGCAUGUACUUCUGUUGCAACUUGGAACGACUUUCUUCAAAUUGCCCGGUGGAGAACUUAAUGCGGGCGAAGAUGAAGUAGAAGGACUUAAACGUUUAUUAACCGAGACUUUAGGCCGUCAAGAUGGUGUUAAACAAGAAUGGAUUGUCGAAGACACGAUUGGAAAUUGGUGGCGACCGAAUUUUGAACCUCCGCAGUAUCCCUAUAUACCGCCGCACAUAACAAAACCAAAGGAACAUAAACGUUUGUUUUUAGUACAACUUCAUGAAAAGGCUUUGUUUGCUGUACCCAAAAAUUACAAAUUGGUAGCUGCACCUUUAUUCGAAUUAUAUGAUAAUUCCCAGGGUUAUGGACCAAUUAUAUCCUCACUGCCGCAAGCGCUAUGCAGAUUUAAUUUUAUAUAUAUGUGAGUAGAGGAUGCCUCUGCCACCACUACUGCGCCUGCGUAUCUACUGCAUAGCUCUUAUCCCAAUCGAGCUAUAGCACAUCACCGGCCAGAAGAUGCGGAAAACUAUGAAGAUUAUAUGGACACGAAUUUGUUGCACCACACGGCAAAUGUCCAUAAUUUUUGAACAUUUCAAAUUUAUUUAUACUAUAAAAAAAAAACAACAACAACAACAAGAAAUACAAUUGUUUAGUUAUAAAAUAAAUUCCAAAUUAUUUAGAUUUUAUAAAUAGAAAGCAAAACAAACACACAAUAAAGCGACUAGUAAACAUA